CGCAGGUUACAGCAGCGCUUGGCCUCUGCUGAUGCCGUCGUUUUCCUACCCCUCCCCCGUUCCAGCUCUGCGGCGGCCGCGCGCUCCGGUCGCUCCACCUCCCGGCUCCCGGGACUGUGGACUCCGUGACCCUGUCCUCGGCCCUGUCCGCGCCGAAGCAGCCCGGGACUGCGCAGCGCCCCGCGUGCCGGUGAGCGACCCCGGACGUGCAGUCCCCAGGUCCCCUUCCGGAGCGGGGCUGAGCGGCUGCGCCGCGGCUUAAGCCGGGCCUGACAAGGAGGGGAGGCCGCCUGGGUGCUGGGCCCGCCGCAGACAUGGGAAAGUCUCUUUCUCAUUUGCCUUUGCAUUCAAGCAAAGAAGAUGCUUAUGAUGGAGUCACAUCUGAAAAUAUGAGGAAUGGAUUGGUUAAUAGUGAAGUCCAUAAUGAAGAUGGAAGAAAUGGAGAUGUCUCUCAGUUUCCAUAUGUGGAAUUUACAGGAAGAGAUAGUGUCACCUGCCCUACUUGUCAGGGAACAGGAAGAAUUCCUAGGGGGCAAGAAAACCAACUGGUGGCAUUGAUUCCAUAUAGUGAUCAGAGAUUAAGGCCAAGAAGAACAAAGCUGUAUGUGAUGGCUUCUGUGUUUGUCUGUCUGCUCCUUUCCGGAUUGGCUGUGUUUUUCCUUUUCCCUCGCUCUAUCGACGUGAAAUACAUUGGUGUAAAAUCAGCAUAUGUCAGUUAUGAUGUUCAGAAGCGUACAAUUUAUUUAAAUAUCACAAACACACUAAAUAUAACGAACAAUAACUAUUAUUCUGUCGAAGUUGAAAACAUCACUGCCCAAGUUCAAUUUGCAAAAACAGUUAUUGGAAAGGCACGCUUAAACAACAUAACCAAUAUUGGUCCACUUGAUAUGAAACAAAUUGAUUACACAGUACCUACCAUUAUAGCAGAGGAAAUGAGUUAUAUGUAUGAUUUCUGUACUCUGAUAUCCAUCAAAGUGCAUAACAUAGUACUCAUGAUGCAAGUUACUGUGACAACAACAUACUUUGGCCACUCUGAACAGAUAUCCCAGGAGAGGUAUCAGUAUGUCGACUGUGGAAGAAACACAACUUAUCAGUUGGGGCAGUCUGAAUAUUUAAAUGUACUUCAGCCACAACAGUAAAAACUGGAAGAGAUGGAUUUAAAGAAGAAAUAUCUAUUGAUGUUUCCUACACUCUCAGUGAAGAGGUAUAUCCUAAUAGGAGAUCUUAAAUUGAACAAACCUAAAGUUUACACUUCUAUUUUAAGAAUACAGUUAAAAGUAUGUGGACCUGCCGUUCUUGUAACUCUCCACUCUGUGUUAAUGAUGUAUUUGUACUAGGAUCUUUUACUUGAAUCUAAAUUUACUGUUUGACUUCCUUCUCCAGCCUAUCCCCUACAGGGAAAAGCUGAUACUUCCCCUAUAGUACAAUAAAUAAUUAUUUAAAAGUCAUCGCUCCAGUCACUACUGAAACCAUAAUUUUGGUGAUAAACAUAAUUUGAGAAACUUAAUUUCUGAAUGUUUUUAUAGAAAAUUACUGAAAGUCUAUUAUUCAUGGAAGACUUUUAAAUAACCUUUUUUCCUGUUUUAUAAAUUCCCAUUCUUAUAAGUAGUAUUUCAGCUACACGAUAUUUUAGCUUUCAGCUAAACAUUUAUAGCUUUUCAUUUGUUGACACUGUAAUCAUCUGCAUGUUUUUGUUACUUACUUCAAGUUAGUGAUUGCCUAACACUUGUAAGCCAAAAUAAUCUUUGCAAAAUUUCAUACCUAAAAUUUUGAAAGCCCCUAAUCUUUUCACACGUCUUUCUGUAUUAUAGUUUUGUGAAAUCUUUGUGUGAUCUUCAAACAUUAUCAUUUAAUGUACAAUACUGUAAAUAAACUGUGCAUGGCUUUUGUACAGCUUUAGUAAAUGUCAAGUAAAGUGGUACAGAUUCAUUACAACAAGUUUCUCGUAAAAAUACAAUAAAUAGGAAAAUGAAAUUCAGAAACCCAUAGAUUGGGAAUAGGUUCCAAUUACGUGUUGGAUCUGGCAUAAAAUAAAUUUGAAAUAUUUUGAUGCUCCAUUUUUUUUUAUGUUGCUUUUCAUGCUAGAGAAUGGUGUAGACAUAUUUUGCAACUGUUAGGUACCCAGUUAUCAAUUUUAUCAAUAUUUUACAGAAGGAAACUUUUUUUUGAUAGAAAUUGUUCAAGAAAUCCUGUCAUUAAAUGAUGGUGGCUAUAUCAAAACAAAACCUAUUUAGAAAUUUAAUCACUUUGCACAUCACUUGGAAUAUGAUGCCUCUAGUAGUUACUUUUUUAUAGUUUUCUACUUUUAGUUUUAAUUUUAUUUAAAAUUGUUUUCAAAUAUAGAUUAUUGACUUACUCACUUUGCUGUUUUAUAUUUUCAAUAUCAUUUUUCUUUUUGUUUUUUCACUUACCAAGUUCUAGGGACAUUUAAAAUAGUAUCACUAAGUGUAGGAGUGAUGAUACCAAAAAAUGUAGGUGGGUUGAGAUUAAUUUCAUUCUGUUUUCUCGUGACAGAAAUCAGGUUUCCCGUUCCCCAUCCCCUAAGUGCCUAACUUAGGUCUAAAACAGCCUGUUUAUUAGUCUGACUCUCUCAAGCAUAAAACGUAAGCUUUAUUUGUUUAAUUCUGCCUUUAAACACACUCAGGUUUCCCCUUAAUUUUCAUAUUAUUUUCUCCAGGUUUUCCUGAGUGAAUAUCUUAAAUUCGUUGAAUGUGCUUUUUCUUUUUUUUUUUUUUUUUUUACACUAGUCUUCCCUUAAUUCAUUGCUAACUCAAGCCAUCCUUACUAUUAAACCCAAUAUCAGUCCUUUAAGUUCAUUAUGGCCUUUCUAGUAAAAAAAAAAAAAAAAAAAUACAACUUCAUUUUCAUUUUUCUUCUGCUAUAUUUUCUGACUACUACUGCAUACUUCUUUGAUACAUUGAUUCUGUUUGUAUUUUUUAUAUCAUUCUCAUUUUCUCAUUUGACAUGAUCUAUGUCUAUAUAUGAUAGAGAUCCCCUUUUGUCUCAACAUUUUUAAUUAUGUGACUUCAAAAAUCACCUGUAUCUCUAGUAGGGCUUCCAAAUCUGCUUCUCCAUAUGUGACCAGUCACCUGUCUGCUUUCACAUUUAGCUAGUGAGCUACACAUUUACUAAAAUGUGUAAAUUUUACACAUUUAGUGACUGUGUAAAAUCAAAAAAAUGUUAAAGACAUUUUAUCAUAUCCUUUCUAUUAUGUUCCCACCCUGUCCUCAUGUCCCAUUUACUUCAUUAUCACCAUUCAUUUAAAAUUAUCUUUUAGAUAUGCUCAUACAAAAAUCAAUCCUUGUUUUCUUGCUUGUGUUUUUUAACCUUAGAAAAUUUCUUGCUUAUGUCUUUUAACCUUGGAAAAUUACAUUGUGUCAAUUAAAUAGAUUUUUCUGAUGAUCUGUGCUUCUUAUAUCCUAUUAGAGUACAUACGUAGUAUCUCCUGAAAAGGAUGGAAAGUAGAAGAAACAUUUGCUUUUAAGUCACUUAAUUUUGAAUCUUUUUUCAUUUUUUGAAUUAAUUUUUUUUUUUUUUUUACUAUAUCUAGUUUCAUUGGAGUUUGAGUCAGAAAAAAAACAAGAAUUUGCAACACGUAAAAAAGAUAGAAGAGAAAUUAAGAUGGCAUGUGACUACUUUCAGAGAGAGUUAAGUAACUGUCAGAAUCAGCCUGGAACAAAACAGGCUGUAAGUUAAUAAAACUACAAACACACAUUCAGGUGAAGCAGAAGUAUAGCCAUAAAACAUCUAGAAAGAGUGAAUGAGGCUUUUAGCUUUUCUUAGGUCAGUGUCCAAUGUGCUUUUUCCCAUGGGAAUAGGAUAGGUAUUAAUACACUUUUCUAAACUGCUCUCAGACCUUAUCCAGAGGACAUGGUAAAGAUAUGUUACAGAAAUUUUUCUGAUACUUCUUGGUAUAACUUUCUUUUAAGUUACACCCUAGUAGACUGGUCAUUCUAAUAAAAUACAGUACUAUAACAAACAUCUGUGUGUUGAUAGCACAUUGGCCCUUUUUAGAGUUCUUUCCUAUGUUUUUCUUACAUGAUUUCCCACAGUUCCAUGAGUCCAACAAAGGAGAGUGUUAGGCUCCUUAUCUUUUAGAAGGGGAAGGAAAGGCAUGGAGAAGUUGAGGGACUGGCUGAAGAUCACAUACAUAACUAAGUAGUAUAAUUGGAGCCAGACCAAGUGUCUGUCUCCCAUAUCUGUGUUCUGUCGUUUAAAAUAUAUAUUGGAAAUCCCUGCUGACUCAGAUUGGUAUGAUUAAAAAUGAGAGGAAAGUUCAAAUAGUAGUGACAAUCAAACUAAUACUGCUGGGCUAAGAUUUUGGUAGCAUCUAAAAUGUUUUCAGUGGAGAAUGAACACUUAUAAAAUGCUUUGGAACAUAAUCUUUAGCUUAAUUUUCUGUUAAAAUUUAGUACCCCUUCAUCAUUCCAAUAAAGAUUGAUCCAUUGUCUAAGGAAAUUAUUUAUAAAUAAGAGAUUAAUGUAUUUGAGAUUUGAAAUAAGAAUAGUAUGAAAAUAUUAGAUACUACAUAAAUUGUUUGAAAUUACUAAAUAACCAUCUUAAGUAUGGAACAUUUAAAUGGCUAUAUUUUGUGUACAGUUUUCCUGUGCGUUUUUUGUUAGGCCAAUGAAGCAAUUAUUUUCUCUAAGAAAAUGACAAUAAAAUAUAGCACAUUUCAGAUUGUCUGAUUUACAGUUUGGAAAGGACACUGCAAUGUUCAAAUAGGUAGGAGACCAUCAAAAACACAAUUAAAAUAACGUGUUAGGAGACUUGAAACUUUAGUCCAAUAAAUCCUUCAUGGUUCUUAGCCUUAUUAUUGUGAUAUAAUUCUAGAUAUUUUCUUGGCGGGCAUGUGCCCAACUCUUCCCCCACCCCAUUUUGUUUGUCUUUUAAAGUUCUUAGAAUAAACAGUUAUUUAUAUAAUAAUUAUAUUUUAUUUAAGAAAAUAGUUUGUUACUUUUUAAAAGAUGUAAAUUUUUAAAUUUACAAAUACAUAUGGGUCUUUGAUAAGCAAUAUGAAUUGAAUUUCAGGUUACUAGGGUUAUAAGCAAAAGGUUGCUUACCAUAAUGUCAUUAGGUCAUGAUUUGUAGCUCACAUCUGGAAGCAGCAGCUACUUGGCUCAAGUACAUAUAAAAGUAAUUAGUUUUAUUCUCUCUUUUUUAUAAAAUUGGGUUUCAGAUGUUUAUCUUACACUAUUUUCUUUUAGGGAAAAAUUUUACAUGUUUGAGAUGGUGGAGUAAAAAGACUGUUAAACAUUUCUUUUAAAAAAUUAUUUUUACAUUAUAACAAUAUAUUUAUGAUGUGUUUAGAUGAAAAAUUUAACUUCUGUGUCCCAGAUCUACUUUCAAAGUGAAAUUUUCAUUUGUCAGCUGAAAUUUCUGACUAGAACUAACAUUUGUGUAUUUUUGUGUUUAGUCAGAAUACAGAUUUCACAGUGAAUUUUUGAAGUUUGUCCUUAAAUUGGAUAAAGUCAAGUGAUUAAAGUUACUAAAGAGAUAAAAAUGGUAAUUUCCAUUUUUAAAACUAAUUUGGUUGUGUUUAUAGUUAUUCGCACAAGUAUUUAUCACAGACUCUAAAUUGAAAAAGAGUAUGAUCUAUAUUUGACCCUAAAAUUGUUCCAUAAAUUAACAAAGAUAUGGCAAAUUUUUCAUAACUAAAUCUAAGUCUUCUAAAAGGAAGCUGUUACCCUUCUGUUUUUAAUUAUGUUAAUUGAAAUGUGUUUAAGAGAUGAUUUCAGCAUAUUUUGAAUAUUAAAAAAACAAAAAAGGAUUAGUAUUGGGCCAAUGGCCAAAAGGUAAUAUUACUACCAUGUAGAUUGUUAUAGUUCAAAUUGUCCCACUUCCCCCAGAAUUUUAGAAACUAGAAGUCUGGGAGAUGCUGUAUCAGCUGUAGUUGGAUAAUUCCAAGUGCUGAUUGUACUAUUCAUCUUUUUUAUUACUGUGUCAGAUGAAACAAAUGCCAAGUUGCAAAAGAUGCAGAUUUUUAUUAUAUAAUGGUUUUAUGCAUAAAUUAUUAACAAGCCAUGCCUUGUAUGUUUCAUCUUAUAUUUUUCUUUAGAACUAAACUAGAACAGAUUUUGGAAAAUGAUUUGAUGUGCUUGCUCACUUGAUUCACUUGGUCAGAUAUUUGAAUGAUGGUAUUACCUAGAUUCUAGUCCUUGAUUCUAGUUAUAUAAUAAAUAAUAAUAUAGAAUGUGAAAAUAUGUUUUGGCACUUACUGUUUAUAUUAUGUAGUAGCCUCCAUCAUGACACACUACAUUUAUGAAUUGAGCAGUUCUGUAAUUGUAAUUAUUAUUGCUGUUCAUGUAACAAAACAUGCUUAUGAUAGUAGCAAACAAAUAGAAAUGCCCCCAAAAUGCUAUUUUUUUAAUUCAGUUGUAACUAUUACUCUUGUAGUUGUGUAUGACACAAUAAAAUUUGUAAAAAAAUUUUAGCAUGAAAAAUAAAAUUUGUAUCACUCAUGUA